AAGUGGGGGGAUUACGAGUCGUGCGGGGACGUCGUGCGCGGGACGCGGUUGAUUCCGAUGAAGACGCCGCUGUCGCCGCGGUACGUGGAGGAGAAUUGCGUGAACGCGCUGACGAUGGAGUCGCUGAUGCGAGGACAGCGCGCGCGAGGACGGGAGAUCGGGCUGAUCAUCGAUCUCACGAAUCACGAUUGUUUGUACGAGGACGACAUACCGAGCGACGUGGCGCGAGUGCACGUGCGAAACGUGGCCAAGGCGGUGCCGAGCGCGAGCGACGUGCGAAAGGCGACGGAGGCGGCGAAUAAGUUCUUGGCGACGGCGGGGAAUGAGAAUAAGUACAUCGCCGUGCACUGCGCGUACGGAUUCAAUCGCACGGGGUUCGUGAUUUGUUGUUAUCUAGUGCAAAUGUUCGGGGCGACGCCCGCGGAGGCGAUGGAGCUCUUCGCCGAGGCGCGGCCUCCGGGAUUGAAACACUUGCACUUCAGGCACGAGCUCGUCGAA